UACCUGGAAGAGGCCUGGCUGCCGUCCUGAGGACACUUCAUAUGUUCCACGACGAGGAGUAUGCCCGGGCCCACAGCCUGCCCGAGGACACGCUGGUGCUGCCCCCGGCCAGUCCUGACCAGAGGAUCAUCUACACGGUGCUGGAGUGCCAGCCACUCUUCGACUCCAGUGACAUGACCAUCACUGAGUGGGUUCAGAUUGCCCAAACCAUAGAGAGACACUACACACAGUACCAGGGCUUUGUGGUCAUCCAUGGCACGGACACCAUGGCCUUUGCUGCCUCAGCGCUCUCUUUCAUGCUGGAAAACCUGCAGAAACCGGUCGUCCUCACGGGUGCCCAGGUACCUAUCCAUGCACUGUGGAGUGACGGCCGUGAGAACCUGCUGGGGGCUCUGCUCAUGGCUGGCCAGUACGUCAUCCCUGAGGUCUGUCUAUUCUUCCAGAAUCAACUCUUUCGGGGCAAUCGGACAACCAAGGUGGACGCUCGGAGGUUUGCAGCCUUCUGCUCCCCUAACCUGCCCCCUCUAGCCACUGUGGGCGCAGAUGUAACAAUCAACCGCGAGCUGGUACGGAAGGCCAGCGGGAAGAGCCAUCUGGUGGUCCACAGCAGCAUGGAACCGGACGUGGGCCUGCUGCGCCUCUACCCUGGGAUCCCCGCCUCCCUGGUCCGGACCUUCCUCCAGCCCCCACUGAAGGGUGUGGUCAUGGAGACCUUCGGCUCCGGGAAUGGGCCCACCAAGCCAGACCUACUACAGGAGCUUCGGGUAGCAGCUGAACAAGGCCUGAUCAUUGUCAACUGUACCCAUUGCCUUCAGGGGGCUGUGACUUCCGACUAUGCAUCUGGCAUGGCCAUGGCAGGAGCUGGUAUAGUCUCAGGCUUCGACAUGACAUCAGAGGCUGCCCUGGCCAAACUGUCCUAUGUGCUGGGCCAGCCAGGGCUGAGCAUGAAUGACAGGAAGAAGCUGCUGGCCAGAGAUCUUCGUGGGGAGAUGACGCUGCCCACAAGAGAUGGCUCGCAGGAUGGCAUGCUGGGCUGCAGGGUAGCGUGGCUUCUCAAUAUGAGUGGCACCCAGGAGGCCGAUGCCAUAAAGGAUGUGCUCCUGCCUGGCCUGGCCCUGGCUGCUGCUCAUGAUGGUGACCCGGACACUCUGCAGGCCUUUGUGGAGCUGGGCAAAGAUCUAAAUCUGAAGGACUAUCGUGGUCAAACCCCACUGCAUCUGGCUGCACGGAGGGGACAUGCUGCAGUGGUCACCAUGCUGCUGCAGAGGGGUGUGGAUGUGAACGCUCACGAUGAGGAUGGCCAGAGCCCACUACUGCUGGCCGUGAGGGGCAGGCAUCAGUGUGUCAUUGAGCUGCUGCGGGCCGCCGGGGCUCGACUGUCUCCCCAGGAACUGGAGGAUGUUGGGACAGAGCUGUGCAGGCUGGCAUCAAGGGCGGACAGCGAAGGCCUGAGGGCAUGGUGGCAGGCUGGGGCUGACCUGGAUCAGCUGGACUAUGAUGGGCACAGUGCCCUGCAAGUAGCUGAAGCAACUGGGAAUACAGAUGUGGUGGCCCUGCUACAGAGCUUUAAGGAAAGGGUCAGUGCUCAGCCCCAGACCCACUAGGUCCUGGGCUGGGCUGAUAGCUCCUCAAUGAACUCUCAUUGGUUUGCAACUGGAUCCUGGCACCUGGAGACAGCUGGAGGAAGUGGGUAUGGGAGACACACGUCAUCCAGAGCCCUUCUUGGGGACCCUUAGAGUACACACGGUCUUCUGGAGAUAGAGGCUGCUGGGACUUCAUGUAGAAGAAGCCAUCUCAGACCUUCACCCUACCCAGUCUUGAGCUGAGUAACUGGAAAGGCCUAGGCCUGCUCCCAGCUGACAACCAUCCCCAUGGCUCUGGAGUUUUGAGACUGGGUGGGCUAUUCUCAAACUCCUGGGACUGCCUGGAACCCAGACACGGGGCACUUGGAGUGGAGGAGGGGGAGCCCUACCUCUGGAUGCAUCUCCUGUAGGUCCUCAGCAGACCUUGUUCCCAGGAAGUGCUCCUUGGACCCCGGACCUGCUGCAGCAGGAGCUGUUCCUUAUUGCCCCAGGGACCUCAGGCACACACCAGCUGAUUGGCUACUAUGUUAGCGUCAUUGUAUUGGGUGAAGAGUUCCAGAAACCAGCUCUUUCUGGCCUUGUUAUCUCCUCCAGCCACGUGUCCCAGGAGCUGACUCAGCAUCGGACUUAUCCUCCCCUAAUUUGGGGUGUUUUCUGCUGAUUGCUUCCCAACCCAUUGGCAUGACAAUCUGGAGGUCUUUGUUGAGCAGAAUGUCAAUAAAGUUGCU